AUGGAAGUAACAAAAAAGAAAGCAUUAGAUUCAAUUCAACAAUUUUCCAGUCAAACCGAUAAGAAGAAAGCAUGGACCAGUGUAUCAGAGAGUUGUCGCUCCAUUGGAAAUGAAACCAUUAAAAUUUUACAUAUUGUAUAUGGAGCUGAAAUUAAAAGAUUGUUAAAAAAUGCAGAGAUUGCAAGAUUGGCAGUGGAAUCUAUUAAAAUACAACAUCUUCAAGAGAAUCCACAGGAUUUCGCUGAUAACGUAUCAAACUCUGUAUCAAAGAUAUUUCAAUUUGCAUCGUAUCUAAAGUUGAGAGCGAAUGAUGAGAUUGCUCCAUCGGUCAAGUCAGAGCUCAUUAGAAAAGCAGACAAAUUGGUGGAGAUUGGAAAUAACCUUAUUGGUGCGACCAACGAUUACUUGGGUUCCGAACAAGCAGAGACAGGAGUAGUCGAUCCAUCGACUGAACGUCUUCUCAAUCAAUACUUGGCGGACAUGCAUACCGUCAUCAAGAGCAGUGAACAAGAUAUCAAUGAAAUUGCAUCAAAGAAUAUAAUGAAUUUAAUUACAACUACUUCAUCGCCAUCAAACAACAACAGCAAUAAUAACAAUAAUCAAAUUAUUUCAAAUGCAAUUAAAGAAAGAGAUGCAAUUUUAGAUGAAAUAUUUAAGGCUACUUCUAAAGCUGUUACGGAAUUGUUGGCGGCUGGAUAUAAGGGUGACAGUUCAAGUGUCCGUGUUAUAUCUUCGUCGUUGGACACUUUGGCUGGAAUCUUGUCGUCGAAACUCAAGACUUUGCCAGCUGAGCAGCAACAAGCAUUCGCUCAAAUUCUGGAGAGACUUUUGCCAGCCACUGCCAAGUAUAUAUCAGUAAUCGGAGACAUCGUCGACAACCCAGGAAAUACACAGAUGCUAACCAAAGUGAAUGAACCAUUGGACGACCUACAGGACAUUCUCCAUCAGUUGGUAGGUGCCAUCGGCAGCAGGGAGCAACAGCUCCUCAAUAUAAUCCGUUCGAAACAAGAUUGUUUGGCUAUUCUGGCGGGUGCCAACGAUCCAAGUGUUAUUGUUGGAACUCUCAAGGCACUGACCAGAAAUCACAAUAAAAUGGAGCAACUCGUCACCGCUUCCGAUCCCCAAGAGAUUAGCAAUGCCGUCAAGCAACUCGCUGUGCUCCUACCACAACAAAUUCAAGUGGCCAAGGUGUAUCUUCGUGAUCUCGGAAACAAUGAAGUCCGUCAACAACUCCGUGAUAUAAACAGUGACAUGUGUACUCCUCUUGCUCAUAUCGUUUCUCUGAUGGAUCCGACCAUUGACAAUGAAGCACGUGAAGCAUACACCAAGGAGCAUUGUUCCAGUGCCAAGAUUAUCGAGGCUGCCAAACGUGGAGAUGCUCGUGCAGUCGAUGCCUUGGUUCGGGAGCUCGAACAGGUCGUUUCCAACCUGGUGUCGAUCUCAACUUCCGAGACAACAUUUGACCCAACCGCCAACAGCGCAGUGAGCGAAGUUUCGGAACAACUGAUUUCGCAUCUCGCCAAGCGUCGUGGUGUCGCUGCUCAACUCUGUAAGAAUCCAAAUAAUCAACAGAUUCAAAUGGAGUUGGAACUUUUAAACGACAAAAUCGGACAGUUGACACUUGCCGUGUCAGAGUCGGUGUCGUCGGACAUUGGCGUCUUGCUCCACAAGCUGUACGACGCCAGUCGCGAUGGACAACUUGCAAAAGUUGAAGCAUUCAUGAAAGAGAUUAGCAAUAAGACAUCGAUUCCAAUCCACACUGUAAAUACACAAGAAUCCAUCAAGAAGGAUUUGCAUCUCUACAAGAUGUUCAACGGACUUGCAAGCGACCUGACAAGUUUCGUCGGACUACUCUCCAAAGAAACAAAAGGACUACAGCCAAACAAGGUGAAUGAAACCGAUAGACUAGAGUAUUUAGGUGGACAAAUUAAGGGUAGAUUCAAUGAGUUGACGCAACAAUUGAAACAACACCAAAACGAGCAACAACUGAAGCGUCUCUCGAGUAUCUCUAGCAACAGCAACGAAUCAACUACUUCCUCCUAUGAAGACGAUACGCUAACCGAGGAGGAGCCAACAGAGAAGAAGAUUCUCCAGUUGUUUGGCGAGUUGAUGCAACACAUCAGAAAGUCAGAGGCAAACAAGUCAGUAUCAACUCUCAAGGCGAUGAUCAGCGAGCAGGAGAAACUCAUUAGUAAAGCCAACGACUUGAUGCUCAAGACCAUGAGUCCACACUUUAAAGCACAGAUUGAAUCGAGUAUCUCAUUGUUUAAGAAUUCCAUUUCUCUGGCAAUCUCAACUGCUGGUAAAGUUGCCAAAUCCUCUUCACCCGUACCUUUCAAUGCCACUGCAUCUUCUUCCGAGGACAUCCUCAACAAAUGUAUUAGAACAGUGAAGCGAUCGAUUGUUGAACUCGGUCAUCUGUUGAAAUUCAAUUCUCACAUCGAGGUGGUUGCCGCCUAUCUCUUCUUGACUGGCGCCAGCAGUGUUUCCGAUCCAAAUGUACAGCGUGCACUCCGACACUUUAAGGAGUUUGCCAUCCACUUUAAGAGCACACCCAAAGUAACCGAUCUUCUCAGUAAGAUUGACCACUUUACACUCUCACCAACUUCGCUCGAUGCCAUGUUUGAAAUCCUCUUGCUAUGCCAAUCUAUUGUGCAAGGUGCAUCCGCACACCAAACCAAUUCUCGUUACCACAUCCUCACUGCUUUUGAAAUGGAGAAGUUUGAUUCCAUCUCUGGUUCCAUUCACAAUAUCGUUGAGCAUCAGACCGAUCUUAUCAAACAGGCAUCCGAUUACUUGGCAACCAUCCAGCCUACCAAGUUGGAUGAUGCAACACGUCGUUUGUUGGCUGCAAGUUUGCGAACCGUCCAAGAAUCACUAUCGCAGCAAGUGGAAGCAACAAUAAUGGUUGUAGAUCGUCAGCCAAAUGCACUGGACAAGUUGAUCACUGUUCACGAUGUCAUUCGUGAAUCCGUAGAGAAUGCUGCCAGUGCCAUAUUCAACGCUUAUCAACCACAAAUUGAAGUGGAAGGUUUGAUUAGUCAAUCGAUAUCCGGAUUCAUUCCAACCCUAUCACUCAACACCUCAAAGGCAAUCUCAACCGGUAACAACGCCAACAGCAUCCAACAGAAACAACUCGAUCAACUAGUUUCUACCAUUGUCGAACCUCUCGAACAACUGGAAGUAAGCAGAUCUGCUCAACAACGCAAUCAAGAUGCGACACAAGAAAGAAUUCCAGCUUUGGUGAGAGAGGAGAAGGAUUUGAUUAACAAACUACUGUCGUAUCUCGUUGACACUGACACUCAGGGAAUUGUAGAUACUUCUAGAGCACUUGUAAAGUGUCAUCACGAGUUACUUUCAGUUGCAGAGAGUUCCGCUAAAGACGAUGUCAAGGAAGCAAUCAAAGAGACAUGUCACGAACUCACACAACUCAUUCCACAACAACUCUCAACUAUUAAGCAAGCAUUGCAAUCAAACAACGACCAGAUUGAAUCACAACUCCAGCAUAAAUCCAAUCACAUUGCCAACCAAAUCAAACGUAAUAUCAACCUGCUACAAGAGUUGACUGUACCUUCAUUCGGUGCCAAGUUGGCCAGUGGAAAUUUCCGUGCAUUUGGCUCCAAACCGCUUGGUGUUGGCGAACAAAUGAAACAACAGACCGUCCAGUUGAGAUCGACAGGUCAAUCGGCAAUCGAUUGUGCAUCGCGAGAUUUACCAAUGAUCAUCGAUCCAGAGCGUCAACAACGUAUCAGAGAUGCAAUCAAAGACUUGGAGAAUCGUCUAAAGAACAAAGCCAACGGACAAUGUCUGGAUGCAUCGAUCAGUAGCUUGUUGAAUCAGCCAAACGAUAAGGAUGCUCUUGCCCAAUAUGAAAGUUCCAAACAGUCCGUACAGGAAUCCAUUGAUAAUCUAAUGAACGAACUAUCCUCUACAUCACAACAGCUACUGGUUACUCAACAACAGAAUAUCCAUUCACUCUCGAUUCAUGCAGUUCGUGGUAGUUUCAACAAGUUGAUCGAAUCCUCAAAAGCAAUUCUCAAUCACCAACAGAAAUUGAAACAACAGAUUCAGAAGGAUCUACAACAGAUUCAAGACCCAACCAAGAAACACCAUAUCUUUGUGUCGCUAGGUGAGAUUGAUUUGUUGAUUCCAGAGAUUAUCAAGGCAUCGAAGGAUCUUACAUUCAACCCAACCGAUCAUAAAAAGAGAGAGACACUCGAGAUGCUACAGACCAAGAUGGAGUCACCCAUUUCCACUAUCCUCUACGAGUUGAACUCAUCGAGAGCCAAUCUCUUUGACCAACUGGUAAAGAGUCAUCAGUCCACCCUCGUAAAGUUGGAUGACGCCAUCAAGAGCAACAAACGUGACGACGCUGACACUCAUCUCAAAUCGUUGGAGGUCAUUGAAGGAAAGCUUGUUACUCAACUCGAAAAGGAUCAAUCCUCUCAAAUUGAAUCGGUUCUACAAGAGCAACUUAAAGAGGUAACCAGAGUAUCAAAGGAAUGUCUUCAGCAACAACAACAGCAACCAAAUGCAGCAUUGGAAGUUGAGAAAGACUAUCGUAUCUUCAACUUGAUGUUGACUGUAAGCAGUCUUGUUCUCAGUCAAUCGAUUGCCAGCAACGCUAUCCCAGCCAAUACACUCGGUGAUUCGAACGACCAAAUCAAGAACAUCCUAAACUCUGUAAAAUCCAACAACGUUCUCAAUCUCACCAAGAAUCCAGAGAAAGUUCAAAAAUAUGUUUCCAUUCAGAAUGGCGGUGUUGCUCAGCCACUUCCAAUGUCACCAAGAACCGGAAGUGUCUCUUCGUCCAGACCACAGAGCAUGCAAAUCAAUCAAAUUUCCAAAACUAAACAACCACUUAAACUUUCAGGAUCAAAUAAUAAUAAUAUAAGUAGUAAUAAUAAUAAUAAUAAUAGUGGAAGAUUAGAAGAUUCAGUUAUAAAUGUUGCAAAUAAGAUUGGUGUUAAUGGAAUGGAACAAAUGAAAAAGAUUUCCAAAGAACUAUCGCAAUAUGCAGCUCAUAUCAAGGCAAACGAGAGACCACAGAUGAUUCAAAGUGGUAGAACUAUUGCAACACUGUUGAAUGAACUCUGCACAGAGAUCACCAACAUUGCCAAGACCUGUAACGUCCCACAUCUACAAACCAAACUCUAUCAGAGCGUCAAUGCACUAAAGACUAUUGGUUGCCAAAUAAAGAUUCUCUCUGGUGUCAAAGCUGCAUCCGACGGACAAGAUCCAGACUCUGACUCUCAACUCUCCUCAUUGAUAUCUGCACUAGGAAAUAAUCUACAAGAUAUCAAUAAUUGUAUAAACACAACAAAUACUAUAAAUCAUAAUAGUAAUAAUGGAAGAUUAAAAUAA